UUUUCUAAAAAUCUGAAACCAUAUAUCUUUUAUAUCUCCCUUUUUCAUAAAAAUCUGAAACCAUAUACGUCAACAUGCUAUUAAUAUUGCAGAAUGGUAAGAGGAAUUCGUAAUACAAUUGUUGAUAAGGUAAUUCGUAUGAGAAAAUGAAAGAUGAGAGCGUAAAGUGUAUCGGUAUUGGGACAAAUCUACAAGCAGAAGAAUCUCGUCGCAAUUCUAAAUCAUUUCUCUCCUCUCAACCGUACAGUUCACUUUACUGUCUGAUCGAUGUAACAAAAGAGACUGAAAGGUUUCAUUUACCCACCACCGUCGUCCACCUUUAUUUAUCGGGCGGGAAUUCACGUAGAUCGGGCGAAUUUCGCCCACGGUGUACGCGACCGGCGGUCGUGUCCCGGGUCGCCGCGGCGCGUUUUAGCAGCGCGCGAUUAUUCGGGCUGGCACGACGACGGCUGCGUCGUCGCAGAGAACGGCUCGGCUGGCGGCACCGCCGAAAGCGAGAGAGAACGGCCGGCCCGACGGUACGCUCGCGCCACUGCGCCCGCGUCCGCCCGCACGCGCGCUAGUACUCCUGUCGGUCCCGUCGUGUGUCACGUCCAAGCGCGUUCAUUUCGUUCGCCCUCUCACGCCGUUCCUCUCGCGUGGAGGUAGUAAUCGUAUCGCGCGCUCGGACCGGUGGAUCCACGUGUGACAGCCGAUCAACGACAGAUAGAAUUUUAGCGGCGCGUCGCGCCGGUGACGGGUUUAUCGCGGCGAGGACCCGACAGGCCGGAGGCUGCUGCUGAUCCCGCGGGAUGAGAUCGCGCGAUCGAGCCGGGUAACAACGAGCUCUCGAGUGAUCGAAGUGCCAGUACGGCGAUACGCGUUUUUCGGCGAACUUUCCCGGAAAAUUGGCAGGGAUCGAAAAAUCAAAAGAUUUGCCCGAAUUAAAAAAGGAAGUGUGUGCUAUCAAGGCUGGUGCAAAGAUUAUCUGCGAUACCCUUCGAUUAGCGACGAGCUAUGGAGCGCGUGAGUUUGUCUCGCCGGAGGACCGUGAUCACCGUUUAUUCGUUCCGACACGCGUGUGUAAAUAUUCGCGUUCGUUAGGUCGCAAGUGAAAAGAAAAAAAAAAAAAAAACAACGGCGGCUUUGAAGUUUGCGAGCAUCGUAGUGUGCUUCGUCUAACGGAAUUUUCGGUAAACGGUUGCUGUCCCUCCUCCCCUGGAGCUUUGAGAGAAAGCGCUCUGAUUAUACGAGGGGAGGGGCAAAGUCGGUGAUUUAUGGCGGAAAAGAAGGACCGCGACGGGGAUGCUCUUCGGAGACGCGGAGAAAAACGAGAGUUUAGAUAUCCGCUGGUGUACAGUCAUGCAGCGGCCAUACAUCGAACCUAAGGCACGUUGAUCGACUUGAACUUCACUGACGCGUGACAAUUCAGUUUUCUCCUCCACCGAAUGCGCGUGAUGGAGAUAUGGGAGCUUCGCUUGCGUCUAACUGUUCUCUACAAAAAGCAAAGAACUUUCGUAAUUAGGUGCUAAAUUACGCCGGCGGUUUUAUCCGACCUCGGAUCGACGGUGGACUCUCGCUCUGUUUCCUUCUGCAUUACGUAUUUCUGCUUUAUAAUACAGACUGAGAGAGCAUCCGCGGGAACUUGAAGAGAUCGACGAUUGAGACGAACGCGCAUUAUCAAUGAACGAUUUUGAAAAACCUGUGGCAUCGUCGCGAAACACCGCACUUGGCGCCGAGGCAGCUGGACAUUUGAUCGAUCUCUCAUUUUGCAAAGUCGAUGGGACUCGACCGACGGGCGAGCGCGAACAACCGGCUGGCAAAGGAUCGUCCUCGUUCGCGCCGUGCACGGCCACCAUGCCGAACGGUGCAUUCCUCGCGGUCGCGAGCCUCCUUCGCGAAUCCGAAACUCGCCGAGAGUUCCCGCCACGCGAGAGGACUCGCGUCGACGCGCCAGAGGCGUCUUUUUUGACGCUCUUCCCUUUGACCGACGCGCGCCGCUUGCUGUAUCCUAGGUAGACGGUACCGAAUAGUAGCGCGAAUAAUAUAUACUUGCCCCUGUUGAUCGGUGUGCCGCGCGAUCAAACGCGCCGGGCGCGCGUUACAGACGGAAUACGAAAGCAAAAGGUGCAGACGGCGAGACGAGAGAUGCGCGAAGCGACGGGAGUUCCGUGAGAGUUCCACGGAAGAAACGGGGAAAAAGAGUGAAGAGUGACGGGACGAGAGAGGAUAAGAGGGACGCGCUACCUGAACGCACCUUGAAGUGGAUAAUAUAGUGAUGUAAGGGUACUCUGAGUAUCUCUCGUGAGUGCGCCGCCGCCAUUGUUCGUACUCGGUAAUUUUCAUCACGGCGAGUCUCUCGGCGAAAGGACUGUGAAGAGUGGCAUGAGGCAGAGGCGUACGGAUAACACGUAGCGAUUGGCCCCUUCUCGUUUCUCGAGAUGCGGCGCUAUCUACUGCAUAUCGACGUCGCCCUUACCGUCGUGCUGUUGGCGAUCUGUGCAAACAUCGUGCGGGCCGGCAAACGAGAGAGGGAGGUCUGGUAUGAAGCGGCGACGCGGGCGAUCGAGACGCGAAUCAGGGAGGCAGCGAGUAACAGCGUCAGCGGCACGACGCCCCCGGCCGGGGUGGCGCGCGGCGUCGUCCUCUUCGUCGGCGACGGCAUGGGGAUGAGUACAUUGACGGCGGCGAGGAUCUUCGCGGGUCAGCGUCACGGGAAUCCAGGCGAGGAGACGCAGCUCGCGUGGGAGAGCUUCCCGGCGGUGGCGUUGGCGCGGACGUACAACAUGGAUGCCCAAGUUGGCGAAUCGUCGGCAUGUGCGACGGCGCUGCUCUGCGGAGUUAAAGCCAAUUACGAGACUGUUGGUCUGGAUUCAUCGGCACGUUUCGAGGACUGUUACUCCAGUUUGGAGGCGCGCGUUCCUUCACUUAUUAAUUGGGCCCAGGAUCAAGGCAAAUCGACGGGGCUGGUUACAACCACCAGGGUUACACACGCGACACCGGCGGCUCUUUAUGCACACGCGGCCAGCCGUUACUGGGAGGACGACGGCAAAGUGCCACCUGCUGCACGUACCUCUUGCAAAGACAUCGCGCGUCAGCUGCUCGAGGACGAGCCCGGCUGUAACAUCACUGUGAUACUUGGUGGUGGUAGACGCCAUUUUGUACCGAAGGUGACUUUGGAUCCUGAAGAGCCGGAUAAGGAGGGUAGGCGGUUAGACGGUAGAAAUCUCAUUGAAGAGUGGUCCAGAAAUCAUCGUAAGAGGAACAUAGCCGCAAAGUAUGUUGCCAAUAAAGAGCAAUUUGAAAGAGUAGAUCCACGAAGAGUGAAUCGAUUGUUAGGUCUCUUCGCCUAUUCUCACAUGGACUUCGACGUCGACCGGAACACGAACGACACCGGCGAUCCUUCUCUGGCCGAGAUGGCGAUUAAGGCGCUUCGGAUACUGGCGAACAAUCCCGAGGGAUACUUCCUCUUCGUGGAGGGUGGAAGAAUCGACCACGCUCACCAUUACAACAACGCUUAUCGCGCCCUGGAUGAGACGCUGGCGUUGGAGGAAGCCGUCGAGGCAGUUAUGAAAGAGGUCGAUCUCACGGAAACGCUCCUCGUGGUUACGGCGGAUCACUCGCAUGUAUUAACUCUCGGCGGACUGGCGACGCAUCGUGGGAAUCCCAUAUUUGGCUCCGACAGCAAGGUGUCGGACGUUGACGGACAGCCGUACACGACGCUACUCUACAGCAACGGCCCGGGUUACAUGCAUCCACGGAAUAUCCUGCGGGAGGCCGGGAAAGAUUCCAUUCAGACGUCGGGCGUGCCGAGGGCGUGGGCGACGCACGGGGGCGAGGAUGUGCCAGUGUUCGCCGUCGGGCCCCUCGCGAACGCCCUGUUCUCCGGUAGCGUCGACCAGAGCUACAUCCCGCACGCAAUCGCCUACGCCGCCUGCCUGGCCCAUCACGCCAGCCGCUGCUCCCGGGAUUCUAACAACGUGAAUGCCAGCGACACAAUGAACACCGCGCCGAUAAGCUGUCCCUCGGCAGAGCCGAACAGCGCGGCGAUAUCCAGCGACGUGAUGAACGACCGUAUGCGAAAUCCACCCCCGAAAUCCGCCGCCGCCGCCAGUCCCUGCCGUUCGUUCGUCAGCAGCCUCUCGGUGAUGCUGAUGCUGGUGCUGUUGCUGCUGUUGCUGUCGCCGUUGAUGCCUCUGAUGCCCGUCGUUCUGCUGAUUCCCCGGUGCCGGUUCGAAAGGACGAGUUAAUGCGCUCCUUUCUCCCGCGUCCAAGGAGGAGAGCGGCCCCCUGUGUGACGUCGGAGAUACAUGACAGCGCGGAGAAGCCACGGGAUACCGGCGUCCUGAACGCGACGCGGACGCAUAAUAAUGGUCGACGGAGCGACCGCAGUGUAAAUUUGAUGGGGUACACAGGAACCCCUUCGAGAGUGCCUCGUUCCGAACGAGUAGUGAUCGCGUUUCUCGGUGAACCGUUAAAUGGAUCGUUGCCCAGCAACCAUACGCUACGAGGAUCAUCGAGUAUUGGUGCGAGAGUAAAGCGUGGAGGACCCUCGCGCGGAGAGUCGGUAAUGGGAAGGAUUCCGUCGCGAGGGUCCCCUCGAAGAAAGGCGUAUCCUUCAUCUUCACCUCGCGUGAGAACGCGACGGCUGACAAACCGACGACGAAUUCGUACGAUGCGCCACGUGACAUCGUCGCUGAGAUAAAACGGCGUAUCCCCCUUUUUUAGUCCUCUCAUGCGAUUCUCACGUGUCUCGGAACAUAGUCGUGUACUUUUGCUUUAUGUAUAAUAAUUUAAUUGAUACGAGUUCUCGUCUGAGAGAUUGCCCAAAAGCUCCACAAACUUUACGCUAAUGACUAAAGCUCUUUUAAUAAAGAGCUUCAAUGAGAAGAUUGGGAGAGGGGUCUGUCAUACUUACUUAUUAUUCCGAGAGUCUUUGAACUAUGGAAAAUUAUAGUUCUUUUUUAUAUAUUUUUAACAUUUUGAAUUAUUGUCUUAAUAUUAUAUAUUUUAAUUUUGAUAAUACUUCUUUAUAAUUAUGUUCUCACAUGUUUUUCUUUUAAUUGAACGAAUUCUCGCAUGGGAAGAUUAAUUACAUUGGUCGACUCUGCGAAAUGUUUCAGAACUAUUGCUAUUUUUUUGCAAUUAUAUUUCUUUCGAUCGAUUAAAUAUAAAAUAUAUUUUAACCAAGAUAAUGGUCUUUAUUAAAGUACAGUUUUUAUUCUUGAAUUAAAUGAAAUAAUUAAAAUAAAAUUAGAUGUAUUUUAAAAAAAUGCAAUUAUACCCUAAAAUUUAUAAAUAUCCAAAUUGGAGAUUGAAAGAUUGAUCUAAUUUUACUUAUUAUAUUGCCUGUAAAUAUUAGCUAAACUUUCUGUCAAAUAACAAAGAGGAAGAGAAUUGGUUUUGAAAAUUUGUUUUGAUUUAUCAAUUAAUCAAAGAAUUUGUGGAUGACAAGAAUGGCGACGUUUCUGAUACAUUCCGCAGUCACGAAGAUCUAUCCGUCUAUCUUUCAAGUGGGGACUUACCGUAAUUCUCGAAAGCAUGUUUUGGAUUCUUGCCGUGUGGUAGCACAUUACAAUGAACUGAUAACGCAGCCUCGCCGAUUUAACAAACUGUCCAACGAACAGGCCGUAAAGCAGUCUCUCGAUUCGUGAGAUUUCUCAAGUAAGUAAAAUGUAAAUAUAUAUUAAGAAUGAAGCAGACACAAUGUAUAAAUAUGAGACACGUGUCACAUCACACAUCGAAUGUAAACUACAGGUAGGAUUUAAUUGCCGAAUCGAGACAGACUUUUUAUCAGUGCACGUUGACACGCUAUCAUUAAUUUUUCUUUCUCUCUUUCUCUGUUUAUACUUCUUUAAAUUAUUUUAAAUUUUUCUAGAAACAUUUUAUAAUGCAGUUAAAGCAAUUUUUUUACAAAAUUUAUUUUGCAUUGGGUGAUUGUGAGAAGAAGGGUAAUUUACAGAUGAAAUUUUCGCACCUUACGUAAAUCAGGCUGUUUCGCUUAAAUUAUUUUUACCUUGAGCUUCUCGCAAUCUAGAGAAUUUUUUAAAAUAAUUUUGUCACUACGGCGAGUUGGACACGUUUUGUCCAUGAUUAGUCCGACAGUCCGUCUCGCUCCAUUUCCCAGAUUUGUCUGCUUCAAGCAAUUAUUAUUGAAUAAUCCACCCGCGCCGUCUUUUCAAGUUUAUUCGUAAUGUAUCGCUAUAUCGCGCUGAGUGGGAAUUGGAGAUUUGCCGGCGAUGCACUCAUGUAUUUGUGACUAGCACUGGGGGAAUUGCAGCUGCGAGAGUCUCUUCGCCAUUCAGUUCUCCAGAAUACAUUCUCACGAGGAGUGUUACCGUUUCCAGUUUUGAUGGGGCCGUGCGAAUUUUAUAGAGCGUUUCGCGCGUAUUUGCGAGAGCCAUUCUGAAAGAUAAUUUGCCUUUUAAGCACUGAAUCACGACUCUGAGUUAUAGUCCCUCGGUAAAUUGGCGUACAGAUUGGUAAUUGCGCCAACAGAUUGCUAUGUUAGUUCUGUUUCCACUGGCAAGCGCUAAUGAACUUAAAAUCGCGUGUGGAAUAAUAAGGACGCGUAUCAUCUAUCUUGAGUGUGAAAACCAGAAGAUAUCUUGCAAACAAACAUAAAUAGAACUUUCUUUAAGUUGAUUAUUAAACAGCAAAUAUAUUGAUGAAAUAAUUGCAACAGAUUGCUAUUGCGAAUGUUUUUCUAUAAUGUAUAACAUUUGUCGACUUGAAAUUCUUCUAUCAGAUUUAUGGAAUUUAACUAUUUUAUGCAGGAAAAGACGAACGACGUUGUUAAAGAAUUGGCUUUUUUUUCAAGAGUAAUACGUACGUUGAAUACGAGAAGUGGCAGAUACCUUUGCAAAACGUGUGCACAUUUGUCAAGUAAUAUUUUUGUCUUGCUUCCAAUUUCAUUACAUUGCAUGUGUAUUCUUGAACAGUUAUGAUAUUUCUACUCGCGGGGAGAUGUCUCCGAGAUCUGCAGCCAGCGAAGACAUUGACAAGAUAAUAGUUGGAACGAAUUCCUAUUUUUUUCCAUCAAGCGUCUUCUAACUCAGCAAGGAUUUUGCUAAGAGUGGCUUAUUUCUAUGGCGCUUAUUUUAUGCGGGAUAUGAAAAGAAGCAGAAAAUAUCUCACAAACGUGCAUACGUCGAGCAAUAUUUUUAUUUCGCUUCCUAUUUGUAGAGACUUGCCUCCAGGAAUAUUUAAGUCAGCUUUAAAUUUGUAGAAAAAAAAAUAAAGGCACAAGACGUAACGCGAUAUAUGUGUAUGUUAACAAAUGGCAGCCUCGAGAUGGCUGGAGUUAAACGACGAUGGAGGCUUUGGCAGGGUAAAUUCAUCCUCGGGACGACGUCGUUUUUACGAUCGCGCGACGUAAAAAGUGGUGCGAAGUUCCACGGGCAACGUAAAUUCUCUCUCGGUUUAUAGAUAGACGCCGUAAAACAGUUAUAAGGACAACGAAUGGGACCGAGCGUGUCCGCCCGCAUUGUUGGGGCCAGAACAGAUCUUAUCCUCCGUCUUUAAUUAUCCCUACGCAAAUUAUGGAGAAUUAUUUGCGCGGCAAUUACAGUUUCCAUGGCCUAGUGUGAGUUUUUAAUUGCUAACAAAACCAACAUCUCGAUGAAAUAGGAAACGAAUGUAAUUAAACUGGAGGUUGUACGUUAGAUAGUCGUUUAUUAAACGGGAUCAGGAAAUGUUGCAUUGUUAACAUAUUUUAACAUAAUUUUACUACAAUUUAUUUUAUAAAAGAUGCACGUAGCGAUGUUUUUUUAGAAAAAAAAAAUUAGCUAAUCUAUGGAAUAUAAAAACAUAGAGUUCUUACACUUUGAUCCGGUGAAAAGAAUUUUGAUAAAAAGCAUAUCGAGAAUAAUGAAAUAAUGAAAUCUUAUUUCUCGGUUAUUAUACAAUAUGAAAAUUUUAUGAUUUGCGUCACGGAAAUGUUUUAUGUCAAAAUUUCAAUUACCGCAUGGAAGAGUGUUUAUAAUUUUAGCGAAAAAGAAACUAUUUUCCUCGAAGCUUAUUCUUCGGUUGUUUAAAUUAUACAAUAUGAAAAUCUUGAUUUUUGCCACAGUUACCAAGAUGAUUUAUAUUAAAAUUCUAAUAGCUGCGAGAAGUAUAACGUCUAUAUUGUAGCAAAGGAGAAAUUGUUUCAAUUUUCGAUGGAAACCUCUCAAUAUACACUAUAAUGCUUUUUUUGAUUUGUAAUUUUUUGUGAUCAAAUUUAUAACAUUUUCUGAAAUUUUUCUAUUAUUUUUGUUGUAGUAUAUAUAAACAUGUGUGAUUAAAUUGAUCAAUUUACUUUCACCGUUUAUUUUUUUUAAGGUACAUGUGUAAUAUGUAAUACUUAUAAUGAUUUUUACUAGUUACGCGCUCAGUAUAAAUCAAUUUUAUUAAUUAUUUUUUUACAAGCAUAUAAUAUAUUAAUUAUUUUAUUAAUUUAUGAAUUAUUAUUUGAAUUUGUUUAUUAACGACGUAUUUAUUCUCUUAUAUAUCUCAUGUGAUAUUUACAGUACCUGAACAUAUAAUAUACUAUUUAAAUUGUUUAAAAUAAUUAUGGUUUAGGUAUUUAAAGUUAGUAAUUAUAAUAAUCUGGAUAAUUUAAAUAUUAAUAGAAUUGAAAAAUUUCAAAUUUAUUUGUAUCAUAAAUAGAUAUUUUAUAUAUGUUAAUCAUCGGUAAUUCUCAUUAAACGCUCUACGAAUUUAUCAUUUAUUAUUUACAUGUAAUAAGUUAAAAGAUAAUAAUUAAAUAUAUCAAUACACAGUUUUGCAAAAUUAUUGAAACCUAAGAAAAUUGCAUUAUCUAUUUAUAGUUUCCAUCGAAGUAAACGGUUCUCCUUUACACAUACCUCAACAUUUAAACUAGUUAUGAAUAAGGAAUAAACAUGUGGUAAUUGUGCUGCAUUUUCCUAGAUUUUCAACGACUUGAGGUACUUUGCUGUAGUUUGAAUGCAAGAUAUCGAGUAACAACGACUCGUAGAUGGAUAAAUGUUACUGUGUUGGCGCAUCAUGUAAAACUGAAUACACAAGUAGUAAAACAGUCGUGAUAAACGUGAAAGAGUAGAAUCCUUUGCAGACAAGGUACACGAGAUGAUGGUUCUUGUGAAUUACAUUGCAUUCUGUUAAACGCACCGUUCACAAUCCGACUCUACAUUCCUCCGACUCGCAUUCGUGCCGUUUAAAACCGGAAUAAAAAUUUAAUUCAGGAAAUUACCAACAAGUGCAACCUUUUAAUUGGCCUGUGUUCUAAGUGAAUUGCAAAUUACAAAUUAUUUGAACUUUAAAUCGCAGCGACGUAAAAUCGUAUUUAUAGCAAAGUUGUUAUACCACAAGGAACUUCUACGUGCUGGCAACAGACGCUACGGAGUUGCGUAUGAAAUUGCAAAAGAUGUCGUCCGGCAAUAACAAUAUUAAUUACAAAGUUAAUUCUUUUUUGUUGGAAACAAUUCUCAUUAAUAAUUAUAUCAGAAAUUGACGUUUUAUUAAUAUUUAAAUAUACACGAAGUAAUAAUAACUUUACAUUUAUCACGAAUAAAAUUACAUAAAUUAUGACAUAAAUUUUCCGAAGUUAAUAACAUUGCCAGCUACCAUCGAUUUUUGAUUAAUUUUACCGGCAAUGAAUGAAAAUGUGUCAAUGCGCCGCAUAAUUUAAAACGUUUAAUUGCGAACAUAUGAUGCGUGGCAUUCAAGCCGUUAGCUAUUCAAGCCGAGCUUACACACGAGGGACUUAUGUUUCAAUAUAAAUCUAGCGAUCGUGCGAUGGAUCACGUGAGACCAAAUUACGACAAGAAAAUGCGAUACGCGACUUCACCGAUCUAUAUAUAUUUCUGUAAAGAACAUCAAUACAAAUUAUUACGAAUGUAAUUUAUUAUAGAUAUCUGUAUACUAUUGUUUCAUAAAAAAGAAACCGCAAAACGUC